AUGGCCAGCUUCAGCGUGCGAGCCGCCAAUGUUUUGCGGCUACCAUUCGAGCCACUGGACGCAACGAGAGCGCCGGAGAUGGAUCCAGGGCCACAGGGAGUUUCAUGGUCGUCAGAUCUGAAGUUCGCGGCAUGUUGUGCCGGGGAGCUCUGUGCCUUCGUAGCCAGGGCCUUUGAGGUGCCAGCGCCCAAAGCACGAGCCAUCAAGGUUCACAGCACUGAGCCGGCCCUGUGUUUGGCAUUGAGGCCGUUCCUGCCUGCCUUCCAGCAAUCCAUCGCGGAACAGGCAAAGUCUGGCCGCGAAAGCUUAUGGGCUUCCUACGACACUCAGGGGCUCCGAGGCUUUGCGAACGAGAAGAAAGUGUGGAUUGGAGGAUUGCCCGCAGGGCCUACCAGCAUUGAGACCAACAAGAAGCUGAAGGAGCACAUGGCCCAGGCUGGUGAAUGCAUCUUUGCCGAGAUCAACAAGAGUGGAAUUGCAGGGGCCGCAUAUAAGACACCAGAAGAGGUGCAGAAGGCUGUGGAGAUGCUGAAUGGAUCUACCUUUGAAGGCCACACCCUGGAAGUGGACGUUUGGCAAAAGAAGACACCUGAGGGCAAAAGAUGCUGUACAGCUCACCAAACAGGCGCCGCUGGGGCGAUCUGGGGUUCAUUCGCUGACCUCAACAGGAUUCGAAUGCAUUCAAUUGUAAUCGUUGAUUGUUUACAGCUAUUUUAUCUUUCUUAG